CCUGCAAAGAAAAAACUUGAAGGCAAAGCUAAAGCCGGGAGUAUACCGGGGGAUACAGGAUCUGUGGCAACCGCGACUAUGGUUCGGCGCCAAAUGCCGCCGCGCGCCUGCAAGAGCAAGAGCCAGAGCGCCGCCAGGCCCAGUCUUAGUCCCAGCCGCCUGGCCAAGAAGCCCAGCCUGACGCCGACCACCGGUUCUCAGGCGCCAUCGCAGACCAUCGCAAAGUCGAGGCCCACCGGUCUCGAGACGAUUUUUGAACGGCCCGGCAAUGAGGACGACGGGCCCACCAGCAGCCAUGCCGUGGCAUUCGGCGAGUGCCAGCGCCGCGUCCUCGCCCUGGGUACGGGCGAAAAAAAAAGAACCCUGUCGCAGAAGAGCUGCCUGAAGGUGCGCAACACCUUGGGCGAACGCAGCACCCGGCACAUGAUGACACUGCGGGCGUCCCGCACUACUUUGGACAGCGUAAUGCUCGGGGCUCGGACGAUGAAGGCGAGUCGGUCGGAGUCGCUCCCGUAGCUGCUCCCGAAGUCGUUCCCGCUGGAGGAAAUGCCGGUACAAAUCAGCCGGCACCAUUCGUGCUGCGCACCAGCAGGAGGCUCAAGAGUCUGCCUCCGUUUUAGAUUGUUGCACCUUCCACCCUCCAAAUGAAAGAAAAAGAAUAAAGAAAAGAAAAGCAAAGAAAAGAAAAACCCUCUACAGAAUGUCUCUUUUGCUCUCAUUGUAAAUUGAAGCGCCUCUUUCGGCGGAACCUACCCCAAGAGCGGAAAGCGGAGAUCAAUUAGAAUUGUGAACCCCAAAGCGAGCGAUUGAUACGAUAC